CCUCACUCUCCGAUCACUUCCGACCGAGACUGGAGGACGCUUUGGGAUCAAUAUCAGGAGAUGAACAUUAUCGACGAAAUGUUCAUGUGUUGCAUUGGACCGUUGAAUCCAGGAUAACCGCGGAUUCCCUUCUGGUUCUCUGGCAGACCAACUGUCUCAAGCAGCAGCAGAUGGGGGAGUGGCAGAUUUCCAGACCAGCAAGAUUCUCCUACGGGUCAAAAGCGAUAGAUUCUUCACUCUCCGAUCACUUUUGAACGAGACAGAAGACUCUUUUGGAUCAAUAUCAGAAGAUAAACACGGACUUGUCACGAUAUCGUCUAAAUGUCCAUGAGUUGCAUUGGAACGUUGAAUCCAGGAUAAAUGUGAAUUCUCUUCAGGUAUUCAGACAAACCACCUGAAGAAUGCUUACACCCUCAACAAAAUCUUCACUAUCCCCGAAUUCUUCUGCCAGCUUUUGACCAGCAGGAAAGGCUUCCUCUGACAACGGUUGCUUCGCCUAUCUGAGCUCAGAGACGUAGAGAAUCCCCGGCAGGAUGGACACGAGCGUGAGUUACAUGACUGUGAAUAUGGGAAGAAAGGACUCACGGUCUCCUUCCCCAGAUGAACCUGAUGUAUCGUACGCGGAAGUUAAUUUCAAACCCCUCUCGGCACCCCGAGUCCGGACAGAUCGAGACGGUCUGAACUCCACCUACUCAGAGCUGAACUUUCGGAAAGAGGAACUCCGCAUCGAUGAGCGCGAAGAUCCUCCCCUUGCCUCGGGAUCCAGCGGGCUGUCAGCCACUGCACACACAGCUGCGCAGGAACGGGAGUCGAAAGUGAAGAACGGAAAUAGACCGUACCGUAUGAUCUGCCUACUCUGCCUAGUUACAUCCGCCCUCAUCGUGACAGUGACCGGUCUCUCGAUCCAUGUGUCACAGAUCCGUCACCAGGUCACUGAGAUGGAAACGAAGUACAGAUCUAUCAACGAAACCAAGGCUCAAAUCUGUGAAUUGUUGACCAGCAGAAGAGAGACAACGUGUCCCCAGGAAUGGAUCAAAAAUGAAGACCGUUGUUAUUUCAUGUCCACGUUUGGAACAUCUUAUGAUGGAGCGAGGCACAAUUGUUCGGAACUUGAUACAAGGCUCCUCGAAAUAAAUUCAAACAAGGAAAAGAAGUUUGUUUCCAACGCUGUCGAUCGAUACGUAACAUACUGGAUUGGAAAAUGCGCAGGCAGGAAUGUGGCCUCUGAUCUUGUGUACGAGUUAAGCUAUGAAACGCCCACCUGCAGCGUUGGGCCCUGCCCUGACCUCAUCUUCCUUUCGUACAAUACUUCCUGCAACGAAAUGGACGCAUCUCAGAACAUGAGUCCCAGCAGGCUCAACCUUUUCCUUCCUGACAUUGUCUGA